AUGGCCGACUCCACGCCGGUUCGGAUGCCGCGGGCUCCAAAGCUACGGGCCUCCUGCGAUGAAUGCGGUGCUGCGAAGCUCAAGUGCGACCGCGGGCAUCCCAGCUGUGGCCGCUGCAUCUCGUUGGGUCUGAAAUGCGUCUAUGGGGUGUCCCGAAAGGCUGGGAAGCCUCGUCGCGAUGCCCAAAGCGCCACCCGUCCUCCCCCGACGCCAGGAGACAGCGGCCCCCCAUUGGACUACAAUUCAUUUGGCCCGACUAGUCCUCCCAGCUCGGUGGGCGAUGGUGCUACGUUAGCAUCUGGGCUGCUUCCAGGUGCUGCCGACCUGUCGCCCCUGGAUUGGGGGCCGGGUUCCAGCAGCUCCUACAGGGCGGUCGUCGAUCUAUGUUCCCGAUAUGCGAAGGAGCCGAUGCGCAUGGACGACACGGCCAUGAGCAGCGUUUGGGACGGUUUUCUGGAGCCAUCUCUCUUUGCGACAUAUGGCUCUCCCGUACAAGUCGCGAGGCUAGCAGGAGGCUCAGUCCCCUUCUCAGCUGCUCCUGUGCGAGAUCUCCCCAUUUAG